GGUGCGGAUAGUUCGUAGUAAUAUACUUUGAGGAUCCUUUCUCAGUUUCCGUGCAAUUAAGAAAACCAGAGUUGCUCGUGAGAAAGACUGAUCCUGCUCCACGAUCCCUGCUACGACUUCACUCUAUCGCCGAGGAUCUUUCUUUAAUUCCCCUCUUUCAACUCCCGCAAGCUUCUUUCUUGAAAAGUGGACCAAACGGCCUCGCCGUCCUGUUCUCUUUUCCUCUCACUCUAAUUGACCCUUCCCUUGAGGAUGGGCUUUUUCAGAAAGAUAGCUGGAUUAUUAGGGUUUGUCAAGGACGACGUCCACGAAUCCAAAGGUGAAUCCGACGACGACAACGAUGGCCAAGCUCCCCCACGCGUCCGUUUCAAAGAAACUGGGAUUCCCCGCAAAGGGUUUGGCGUCAAAGUCGAGGUUCCCGUCGAUCGCCCUCACCUUGGUCCUGUUAUUAUUCCUUCUUCGUCCGGCGACGGUGGAGUUCAGGGUCUGAGGUGGUAUGCUGACCGCCUUAAGAUAGAUGAAGAUGGAGAUGUAGCUGAUGAGUUCCUUGAUGAGGUUCCUCCAGAUACGUCAGCACCUCAAGUAAAUCAUCAUAAAUUAGUGGCAACGUUUAAAGUUAAGAAUGGUACCAGGCCGGCCAAAGUGAAGGGACAGACCUUAUUAGAUGGGAAACUUCGGCAGCAUGUGGAACACCAGGGCAGAUUGCAGUGGGUGUAAAGAUCUUUCUAGUAAUUGAUAUGGAUUUGGAUUCUUUGGGCUUUUAAUGUUUAGUCUAUACAUACGGUGGGAAUCUGCCAUCAAAACUCUAGUCUUUUAAUUUUAAAUGAGCUUUCCAUGACGGUUCCUUUUUGGUGUUUAGUUAACUUUGAUCUUACAUCAAUAAUUGGAUAUGUCUGGGAACUGCUGCAUAAAGUCUCUGCAAGUUAAAUGUGCACGGUAAGGAAGUCGAAGCACGUUACCCUAGAAAUUUAAUUGCCUGUCUGGCACAGCCUGCGUCAGUUGUUUCAGUCAGGCGAUUGAAAUGUUUUGGGUUCAGCGAUCUCAAAAUGCGGAUAGGCGCCUGCGUGAGCAGUACUAUUAAAACCUUAGUUGACAGCUGACUGAGUUUGGAGUUUAAUAUUCUUGGUGUAAUGGUGUUUUCCAUUAGAUGCAUUGAAAUUAAAGUUUCCUGUGCCUCAGUGAGGCAUGGUAGAUUUGUAUAUUGAAAUGAAACGCUGUCUAUGUUUGUUACUAUUAUGUUUCUAGGACUGGCAGUUUGUUCUA